GCCGUAACCGACAGACACAGCCGGGCGCCACGUUCCACCCUCUCUCCAAAACGAAGCUCUCACCGCCGCCGGACGGAGUCUGUGUGCGGGCGUCGUGCAGUGCGAACGCGAUUCAGCCAAAACCUAAUGCACUUUCACCGUGCUUUCACCGUGCGAAAGUUUUGACCACAGAAAUUAAGCAGCGAAAGGUAAAAACCCAGUCGGGCCGAUACAAAAUGGUUGCCGUACAAAGCGGCCAGUAGGUCAGGCCCCCCCGCAGGAAGCUGCUAAACGUGCAACGUGGGCGCGCGGGUGUGCGGGUGCGUGGGUGCGGCGCCUUUCAGUGCGAGUGUGAGUGAGUGCGGCACAGGAUCUGCAGGAGCUAGUACGUGCUACGUGCCUCCAUGAGAAUUUUGUUGGGAUAACUAAAACGCGCUCCGGUGUCGCCUCCGGUGUCGCCUCCGUUGUCGUUGCCGUCGCCGUGGUCGUCGCUUCGAAGAGCACUCCUGGUAGUGAGUGGAGUGGGUGUCGUCCGUGUGUUUGUGUGUGUGUGUGCACCGGGUAAAUAGUGAGAGCUGAGCAUCGAAUAACGUAAAAUCCAUUUGCCGCAAAUUGAGGAAACACCGCGAGCAACGUGCAACAACAUGUGUAAAAGCUAACGAGCGCGUAAACGUGGCAAGUGCCCCAGCUCCUUCUCCAGCUCCAGGGGCAGCUACUGCGACAAUGACAGCACUCGUCGUCAAGUGAAGGAACAUUUUGAUUGAUUUUGAUUGACAUGCCACUCAGAGGGCGGAACACCCACCAAGCACCAAGCAGCAAGCAGCAAGCAGCUCCGAAAAUGAUGGGGGAAACAAAAUAUUAAAAAAUAACACACACACGCCACACACAGUCCCAAAAAAAAAACACUUGCCAGCUAAAAAAUACUCGUAUUGAAAUAAUUGCCUCAAGGGCACUGUCGGCGAAAGUGCCACUAAAACAGGAAUUCUAUUCAAUGGCCAGACACAAAAUGCAAUCAAAUCAGCGCCCAUAAAAGCCGCAUAAAAGAAAAGAGGAACAAACGGCAAAGAAAUAUAAUAAAAAUCCACAGAAUCAGACGGGCUAAUCAACUACAAAAACCGAAUCGAACAACCAAAUAACAAGCAACCAAAAACAACAAAAGCCACAAAAGCCACAAAGAAAGAAACGCUGAGUGGGGCAACAAAAUUUGUUUGGUAGUACCAGUGUAUCGGUAUAAUAUACAUAAAUACGUGUACGUGUAUGUAUUCGUGUGCCUCCUCAAAAAAAGGAUAAAAUAUUCCGUCAUUGAUUUUCCUGGCAGCCGAAAAAGUUGAUCGCAUCGAGGGAAAAGGAAAAGUUUCCCCGUUUCGCAGACAUUUUCGGUUUCUGGCGGACAUUUAAGCCGUGGAUGAUUAAAACGAUAAAAAGAUCUCCUUCAGCGAACUAUAAGCGAAACUCAACUCUAGAAAGGAACAGCGAAAACAACUUCGACAGCGACACGAACAGGAACAGGAACAGGAAAUGCAUUACAUUAUAAUUUCAUUAAGGACAAAAGCCUCUCUUUGCCAUCAGUGAGACAACGUUGCCAUCGGAGACAGGGCCCCCCGAAAAGGAAAAUAGAAAGCAGAAAGGCAGAAAGGCAGAAAAACAGACAGGAGAAAGGCAGAAAAACCACAAGACAGAAGACACAAGAAGACAGAAAAGCCGCAAGAGGCGACAAUAGCGAAAGCCAUUGCCUACUUUUGGGCGCUGUCAGGGGAAAAAUCAAGAGGCUGGCAUUUUUAUGAAAUUAAUACAAAAGGAAAGGCGUACAAGGAGUACAAGUGGCAGCCAUGACAAAACUGACAAGGACAGGACAAUGAUGAGCAUCACUCUGAAUAUAAUGGCGACGCAGCCACAAUGCGGGCCCUGCAACAGAGCGGCGACGUCCGUCGCGUAGAGACAGACGCGGCUGGAGGCUGUCGACUGGCGGCUGGAGGACGUGACAAGAGUCCGAUCAACGUUCUAGUAGAGCAACUGCCACACAGUGAGGGCUAAUCAUAUUGGCGGCAGAGCUUCCAAGCCAUAAUUUGAGAGGCAAACGUGACCAGGCAGGCCCCUGUCGGGAUCCCUGAAGGAAAAUACUUGAAAAUCCAAAGAGUCCUUGAAAAAUUAAACUCAAAGAGAGAGAGAGAGAGAGAGAGAGAGACAGAAUGUGUGCACCUUUUGUGGUUUUGCUGCUCCUCGUGACCAGCGUCGCCGGCUGCCCGCCGGAGGUCUGCAUCUGCAAGUGGAAGGGCGGCAAGCAGACGGUGGAGUGCGGGGCCCAACAGCUGGCCAACAUACCGGAGGGCAUGGAUCCGGGCACUCAGGUGCUGAACUUCAGCGGUAACUCCCUGCAGGUGCUGCAGUCGGAGCGCUUCCUGCGGAUGGACCUGCUGAACCUGCAGAAGAUCUAUCUGUCGCGCAACCAGCUGAUCCGCAUACACGAGAAGGCCUUUCGGGGGCUGACCAACCUGGUGGAGCUGGACCUCAGCGAGAACGCGUUGCAGCACGUGCCGAGCGAGACCUUCCAGGACUACAGCUCGCUGAUGCGCCUCUCGCUGAGCGGGAACCCCAUCAGGGAGCUGAAGACGUCGGCCUUCCGCCACCUGUCCUUCCUGACCACCCUGGAGCUGUCCAACUGCCAGGUGGAGCGCAUCGAGAACGAGGCCUUCGUGGGCAUGGACAAUCUCGAGUGGCUGCGGCUCGACGGCAACCGCAUCGGCUUCAUCCAGGGCAGCCACAUCCUGCCCAAGUCCCUGCACGGCAUCAGCCUGCACAGCAACCGCUGGAACUGCGACUGCCGCCUGCUGGACGUCCACUCCUGGCUGGUGAACUUCAACACGCCGUUGGCGGAGGAGCCCAAGUGCAUGGAGCCGGCCCGGCUCAAGGGGCAGGUCAUCAAGGGGCUGCAGCGGGAGCAGCUGGCCUGCCUGCCGGAGGUCAGUCCGCAGUCGAGCUACACGGAGGUGAGCGAGGGCCGCAACAUGUCCAUCACCUGCCUGGUGCGGGCCAUUCCGGAGCCGAAGGUCCUGUGGCUCUUCAACGGCCAGGUGAUGAGCAACGACAGCCUGAUGGACAACCUGCACAUGUUCUACUACAUCGACGAGAGCAUCGGCAGCAGCGGGGCCGAGGAGAAGCGCAGCGAGAUCUUCAUCUACAACGUGGGGGCCGAGGACAACGGCACCUUCUCCUGCGUGGGCCAGAACAUAGCCGGCACCACCUUCAGCAACUACACGCUGCGGGUGAUCAUCAAGGAGCCGCCGGUGGUCAACGAGGUGUCCUUUCCGCGCGACUACAUGAACUACAUUGUGGCCAGCAGCGCCGGGGGCGGGAUCAUCUUCGUGGUCCUCCUCUGCACUAUCGUGGUCAAGUGCAAGCGCACCUCGGAGCCGGCCAAGCAGCGCAAGAAGUGCGACCAGGUGACGAGCAUAGCCGGCGGCACGGACUCCUCCACGGCCAGCAACCAGGACACCGGCAUGGGCAUGAUGAAGUGCGCCUCGAUCCUCAACGACGGGGCGGACAGUAUGACCGGCAACGCAGGCAUGCUGCUGGGCGACACCAUGACCCCCACGAAGGCCACCAACGGGGCGGCUGGCGGGGGCAUCCUCCUGGGCGGACAGAUGAAGCAGAACCUCCUGCUGUACGCCGGCCCGAAUCAGGGCCAGCAGCAGCUCCAAUUGAACGUCAACCUGAUGGGCAGUGGGGCGGGCUCGCCGCCUCUGCUGCUGGGCAACGGGCACGGGCUGGCCGCCGCCUACUGCUCGCCCCCCGCCUCCCUGCGCAACUACCAGGAGAAGAACCCCGAUCUGGUCAACGACGCCGAGAGCGUCAAGCACAAGCUGAAGACGGCCGUUUCGCUGGACGGGACCGGGGACUACGAGACGUCCAGCGACUGCGGCCAGUACGAGGGCUGCUACCAGCUGGCCGCCGCCCACCCCCAUCCCCACCAGCACCCGCACGCCCAUCCGCUGAUGGGACGCUUCACCCAGGCCAUGACCACGCUGCCGCGGGGCAUGCAACUCAAGUCGGUGAUGGCGGGCACACACCAGCCGGCGCCCCACCAGGUCGACGUCCACUUGAAUCCCGUCUGCUUCCUGGGACAGGAUGGCUUCGCCUACGACUACAGCAGCGCCCAUUUGGUGCAGCAAGCGCCCCAGCAGCAGCAGCAGCAGCAGCAGCAGCAGAUGCAACAGCAACAGCAACAGCAGCAGCAGCUGCAGCCAGCAGGACCGCAGCCGGCCGCAAACUUUUACCGAACACUGCCGCACAAUCGGUUGCACAAACAGCAGCAGUUCCAGGGGGCAGCGGGCCCCAACUCGAGCCUCCGCUACAGCCUCGAGGCGGAGUUCAUCCAGCGCGGCCCCGUCAGCUAUGAGAAGUACCAGAUGCCGAAUGUCCGAUUCACCGCCGAGGGCUAUCCGCAGCAGCAGCAGAUGCAGCUCCAGCAGCAGCAGUUCCCCUCUCCCCCCGAGGGCUAUAAAAGCGAUCUAUCGAUGCUGCCGGCCCCGUUCCAGCAGUGGCCCAGCUGUCUGCCCGGCUACCGCUACGCCCAGUCACCCACCCAGGCAGCCAUCUCGCCCACACCACAGGCCCAGGCACCACCGCCUCCACCACCAGCAGCAGCGGCAGCAUCGACCUCCACAGGGACUGGCACCAUUCCGGAGCUGGACGAGAGCGAGGCCAUCUCGCCGAGACUGGAGGACUCCGCUGAGGACGGUGCCGGGGCCGGGGCCGCCGGUGCGCCCCCAGACGCGUCUGCCACGGAGGAGAGUGCCGGCGGGGGGGAUACCUCGAAGCUGAAGCAGUUGAACGGUCCCCUGGCGGACAGCCCCGACGAGGGCUAUGUGGGCGAUGGCCAGGAGACGAGCGACAUAUGACAAGGCCCCCCCAACGUGGCCCCGCUGCCAGCUGAAGCUGCCUUAGACGAUUCAGUGGCUCUGUAAAUAGGCAUGCUGAUCAGAUACACACACCCACACAUAUACACACCUACCUACAAAUAUACCUAAAACUCUGGCCAAGACUUCAGUUGGCCCUUCCGGGCUUUCCUUUCCUGUUUGUUGGCUGUUGGCUGUUGGCUCUGUGUAUCCAUCGACUUGGCCAACAAAAAAAACCCGCAAAAGAAGCAAACAAAAGGCAAACCCAAGUUUAACCUAAUAAUUGGCACAGCUAGAAAUGGGAAGCCAAACAGAGCCAAGCCGAAGGAUGAAUACUCCAUCCAUGGCCAAGACAAGAUUUUUCCCACAAUUUCCCACAAUUUUUCGAGUCUCUAAAAGUAUUCUAUUGGGGUUUUCUUUAGGAAAUGGUUGGCAUUGGGGACCCGGAUUAGGUUAGAGUAUAGAACAAUGGACCCGUGGAGGGGACUAACCUAAUAAAGCCGAAAAACAAAGACGAGCCGCUAAACAAAAGGCUCUUGUCGCCGAUUGUUUGUUUCUGUUUGCCGGCUCCCAGCUCCGUGCCUCGAGUGCCAGGCCCGGCAGCGUUUUAUUUCCGCUGAUGUAAUUGAAAAACUUUUUCAUUUAAUAUAAAGUUUUCAGCGUCUUUCCCCCGGCCCGAGACAGGCCAUAUAAAGAAUAGAAAAAGAGAGAGAGCGAGAGAGAGAGAGAGAGAGAGUUGAGGGAAAGCUUAGAAAGAAAUGCAGGGCCUACGAGGAGACAUGUGAGUGUUUGCGGGUCUGUUGGCUUGUCGAUUGAGUUGUUCAUCCUCCUCCAGCUCUGCCUCACAUCCUGCCAGCCCAGCUCCAAGUCGGUGGCACACUUCAGAGCCAAGUGGCAUGUGUUUUCAACAUGGCGACACCUGCUCGGUGACACAAAGGACUUGAGCUCCAGCUCCAGGAAGUCCGAGUCGACGGGUGUUCCGCCCCGAAAAUCGCGAGUGGCAUUAAGGGGUUUUCCCUUUGUAGUGUGCUCUAGCUUAUGAAAUUUUAAUUUGGGCUACAUCCGUCCCCCAACCAACCCCCAAACCCACGAUCCCCAUUUAAAUAAUUUAUGACCCCCCCCAGAAAAAUCUUCAAUCCUGGGUUUUGGCAGAGCCGCGAAGAGAGACAUGUGUUUCCGGGUAGCAACCACAGUAGAUAUCGUAAAUUAGUAAUUAAUUAAACGUGUCUAACUAAGUAAGAACUAACUAAACAUAGGCUAACUCCCAAAAGACACCUUGAGACUUGUAUCUAAAUGUAGUUUCGAGGCAGAAACUAUCCAAAAUUGCAGUUUAAAUGUUCUACAAAGAGUGUGUACAUAAAGCAUAAGAAUAUUUGGAAAAUCCGAAAAACAAUUAGCAAUAGCAGACGAAAGUGGGAGAGAGAGGGGGAGAAGAAGAAAGCAAUCAUUUAAGCACAAUAUGGAAUAUUAUUGUAAAUUGCAUAAAUAAAUCAUUAGAUCUAAGGACAAACACUACACUCUCCCCGGACACUCACUCACUCACUUCACACCCAUAAAUGUUUAAGUUUUAUUUUCACCAAAAGAGAAAGGAAUGCACCUAAAGGAAUAUAGCAACAGAAACUAAAUUUAGAAAAGCCGUAAAAAAAACGACAAAAUUUUAGCCUAGAAAAAGCAUUAAAAAUUGUUUAAAUCUCGACACAAAAACACACACAUACAGAGCCACACAAAAGAAAUAUUCAACAGAGAAAUUUGAUGGUAAAAAUAAUUUUAAAUAUUCUAUAACAUAAAAAAAAAGAAGGAGUGGAAAGGAGAGGAGAGUAUAAGUUAGUUGUUAGGCAAAGAACAAAAAAAAAAACACACAUAUGAAUAAAUAAAAUUUAAAAAAAUAUUGUAUGAAAAGCCAUAAAGGCCAGCAAACAUUUAAAAAAAAAAAAAAACAAAAACAAACAAAAGAGAGAAUCCAACAGACGAGCAACAAACAGAAAAACAAUCUAGUUAUUAAUUUAAAUUCUAAGUUAAAUUAUAAUUAAAAUGCAUUAUGAUAAUAACAGAGGCAAAAGUGUAAAAAAGGAUAAGUGGAAAUUAAACCAAAUAAAACGCAUUAAACUGAAGAAUUUAAUAAAAAC